GCCGGGCCGCGUGGAGGCGGUACGGCUGAUGGGGGUCAGUGAGGGUGAUCGCCGCAGCAGCCUGGCGUCCUGGAGCGACUGGGUUUCUGAACGGAACAAGACUGGCAGACUUGCCGAAAGAAACGUCAUGUGGAUAUGUAGCCUGCUCUGGGAAAAGAUUUGCAUCAAGGAAGCAUCGAGGACCUGGAGAGUUUGAAAGUACAACUAGGCCUGGUGCCUCCGGGGCUGAAUGCUGAGCUUCGAUAUCUGACCACUCCAUCCUGACACAGAAGCUCCCAGGACUUAUGCUUCAGAAAGUGCUGAUUCAUAUGACUUUGGAGUCACAUACUAGGAGUCCUCCCUCCUCCCUGUGCCCAGCAUCAUGGCCGUUCGCCUGAUGAAGCGGUGUACCUGCCUGCUUCGAGAGGCUACCCGCCUAGUUCCUACUGUUGCCCCAGUUGGCCGACUGAGACUUGCUGGAGUGUCCUGCAAGACUUUGACGUCCUCUGUCAGUUCCCCCUCCUCAGGCUCCUUGACGGAGCUGUUGGGCAAAGAGCAGGUGUUUACUCCGUACCCAGAGCACCAAGAGGUGGACUUCCUCAUUGAGAAAGCCACCAGGCCAGAGCAGCUGCUAGAGCUACUGGGUGCUGACCACAGCCUGCACCACAAUCACGCGGCCCUCAUCCUCAUCCGCCUGUCCUAUCUGCUGUCUGAGAAGCCAAAGGAAAAGGCCUUGCUUGCAGAGGAUGCUCGCUUUCAGAGACUUGUCAAGCUAGUUGACAGUCAGAUAACUUCUGUCUGGCAUGGCACCCUUGUGAAGCUGCUGCGGAGCCUGUACACACUAGUGCUUCCUCAGCUCUCCAAGGAGCUGCAGUCAGUGGAGCAGGAAGUGCGCUGGCGUCUGCGAAGGCUCAAGUACAAGCACCUGGUCUUUCUGGCUGAGUCCUGUACCUCCUUCAUGAAGGAGCAACACUCGCAGGAGCUGCUGGCCGAGCUGCUGAUGCACCUGGAGAGGCGCUGGACUGAGAUCAGCGACAGCCGAACAUUGGUGGCCAUGAUGACAAUGGCGGGGCACCUCUCAGAGUCAUUGAUGAACCACCUGGAAGACAAGUGCCUGGAGCUGGUGGAGCAGUUUGGCCCUGAUGAACUGCGGAAGGUGCUAGUGACACUGGCAGCACAGAGCCGGCGGUCGGUGCCCUUGCUGCGGGCCAUCUCCUACCACCUGGUUCAGAAGCCCUUCCCGAUGACAAAAGGCAUGCUCCUGGACCUGGCAUAUGCCUAUGGGAAGCUCAGUUUCCACCAAACCCAAGUGUCCCAGCGCCUGGCUGCUGACCUCCUACCCUUCAUUCCCAGCAUGACACCUGGAGAGGUGGCCCGCUGCGCCAAGUCCUUUGCCUUCCUCAAGUGGCUCAACCUGCCUUUGUUUGAAGCCUUUACUCAGCACCUCCUCAGCAGAGUGCAGGAUGUCUCCCUGUCCCACGUGUGCAGCGUUCUUCUUGCCUUUGCCCGACUGAACUUUCAUCCUGAACAAGAGGAUCAAUUCUUCAGCAUGGUGCAUGAGAAGCUGGACUCCGUGCUGGGGAGCCUGGAGCCGGCCCUGCAGGUGGACCUGGUGUGGGCACUGUGCGUGCUGCAGCACGUGCACGAGGCAGAGCUGCACACAGUUCUCCAUCCUGGACUCCAUGCACGGUUUCUAGAGAGCAAGUCUCCAAAGGACCAGAGUACCUUCCAGAAAUUGGUCCACAUCAACACCACUGCCCUGCUGGAGCACCCUGAAUAUAAAGGCCCUUUCCUGCCAGCCUCAGCUGUAACCCCCAGCCCCUCACCCUCUAAUAAGAAGAUGACACCCCUACAGAAGGAGCUGCAGGAGACACUGAAGGCCCUGCUGGGGAACACUGACAAGGGCAGCCUGGAGGUGGCCACACAGUAUGGCUGGGUGCUGGAUGCAGAGGUGAUCCUGGAUGCCGAAGGCCACUUCCUGCCCCUAAGAAACUUUGUUGCUCCUCACCUUGCCCAGCCAGUGGGGAACCAGCCAUUACCCCCAGGAGCUAAAAGGAUCGCUUUCCUACGCUGGGAGUUCCCCAACUUCAACAGCAGAAGCAAGGACUUGUUGGGCCGUUUUGUCCUGGCCCGUCGACAUGUGCUGGCUGCAGGCUUCCUGGUGGUAGAUGUCCCAUAUUAUGAAUGGCUGGAUCUGAAGUCUGAAUGGCAGAAAAGCGCCUACCUCAAGGACAAGAUGCGAAAAGCAAUGGCUGAGGAGCUAGCCAAAUGACCUUACCCAUCAGUUCAGACUGCUCCCAAAGACCUGACUGCUCAGGGACCCAGCAGUGAGUGCUGGGUAGGCCAGAGUUGUCAUCUAACAUCAGAGAGAUGAACUGUGUCUGUAGGACGUGGUCAAGAGUAGGGGGUGCUCAGCAUCUCCAGGGAACGAGUGGUCCUAAUAAAUCCUUUUGUUCGGUGGAAGCCGGCUAUCUUCCCAGGCUCUGUAUCUAUCUCCUCUCCCUUAUUUUGGACACACAUACACACCCUCUUCUUCCUAGCUCUCCAGGAUUCUGCCGAGUGUACUCUCCUUCCCCAGCUCCCCAAUAAUGCCUGUGUGCUAUGGCACAGCAGAGGAGGUUGGCUUGAGAGACAGAAAACCUACUGUCCUGAGAGGUUCCCCCAUCACCGUGCCACUAGAGAGUAUCGGAAGGGAACAGGUGCUGUGAAGGCAUUUGGAAGGCCCUAGUUCUGGCACAAGAGUAAAGUCCACUAGGCUGAUGCCACAAGAUCCAUAGCCAGACUGUCACUCAUGACUUCUACAGCCACUCCGGGGACCGCCCUUCAGGUGGAGCCCUGAGUCCUCUGCAGCUCUGAGUAGCAGCAGGAUGUCUACCUUCUACCCUCUUCAGGAGACUCCCAUCCAUAAGGCUUGCCCAAAGGGGAGUCUUGCAACAAAGGAGGUUCUCACCCUACUUGGUACAUUCCUCCCAAAGCACCAGUCCGAGUCCUCUGUGUGACUUAGCACUUCUAUUGUCCUGACUCUUGGUUACCACAGAGGUGAGGGAGAAGCAGAAAAGCGGCUGGAACUGGCUUACAGGAAGGAGCAGCUGGCCACAGCUUGUCUAGGUUGGUAGUGCUGACAACCCAGUCGGGGAAGUCUGCUGGUGUAUGAGGAAAUAAAAAUUUGUGCUGCUCACCACAUGGGCCACUG